AUGAAAUCGGCGAUCGAGAGAUAUUACAGUUUCAAGGAAGACCAACAAGUGACAAAUCCAGAAUCUGAAGUCAAGUUUUGGCAAAGGGAAUCUGAUAUUUUAAGGCAGCAACUACAGACUCUACAAGAAAACCAUAGGCAAUUGAUGGGAGAACAGCUUUAUGGUUUGAGCAUCAGAAACCUACAGGAUCUAGAGAGACAACUCGAACUUAGUCUCCAAGAAAUCCGAAUGAAAAAGGAGAAGAUUCUGACAGACGAAAUCCAUGAGCUGAACCAGAAGGGAAACCUAAUCCAUCAAGAGAAUGUGGAACUCUAUAAGAAGGUAAACCUCAUUCUACAAGAAAGCACCCAACUGCGCAAAAGGGUGUAUGGCACAACAGAUACGGCCGCGCUCACUACAAGCAAAAGUGCAUUUGUUCAGUUUCCGUAUGGCGGAGAAGGAGGAGGAGGAGAGUAUCCACAGACAUUAUUUCAACUUCAGUUAUGCCAGCCUGAGCAAGAACAGUACUGUGAAACCUCAGGUAGUGCAAGUGCAACAAAAUGA